AUGUUAGUACAAGACAUCGUGCAGCCAUUGUGUGUUCUUGAGUCAGAUUUUGGGUUCAAAAUAAAUUGUGCUUUCAAAAAGUCUGGAUUGUUCAGGGUGCGGAACCUUGGAGGAUUAAAAGCUCACGCUAGUUUAGGUUUCAGUCUCGGAGACGAGCUUGGAUUCGAGCAAUCUCUAACAAACCAGGAUCCUAGCAGAAGAAGAUCUGUUAGUGUUAAGAAUGGAGCGCCUAAUAUUCUCGUCGACACUGCUACUAGGCCAGGUGCUAAGCAAGAGAAACGUGCAAAACAAAACCGUAUCAUGAUGAGACCGAUGCCAACCAUAGGUCGUCCUAAUCCAGCGGCUAUGGAUAAACUCUCUUCUUUGCACAGAGUUUCUACCAUGCCUAAUCCUACCAUCGUAGACACUAAAUUCAAACCAGCAAUCACCAUGGCAAAACCUAUGCCAAUGGGUGUCCCUCCUUUCAAACCUCUUCCUCCAAAAGAAGAAACUCUGAAAGUCCUUCCACUUGCAUCGCAAGCGCAAUCCAAAGGAUACCCAAGUGAGAAAUCAUCCGACAACAUAUCACACAUGGUAUCACGCAUGACCGCUUCACAAUAUAACAAUCACCCAUCUAAGCUUAACCCAUUUGUUCCUAUGCCAUCUCAAGCCAUUUCCAUCAUACCAGCACCCGUUAUAAAACACACUAACCCCUCCAACCAAUUUUUAGAUACAAUCCCCCAUCAAGUGCACGAUUUAGCGGUUUACGGUAAUACGAAGAAGAAUGAUGAUUACAACACAAUAAGUGGUUACAGUGAUGACGUCACACUUCAGUUUAACAAGGAAGAUAUCAAUGCAAAGAUAGCAGAAAUAGCUAAAGCAGGGAACAUAUCAAUGGAGGCUGUUGAAGCAGCAAUAGCCUUAAGACAACAGCAAUUACUAAGCAAAUAUGCCAAUAUUCCCACAACAACUACAACGACCACUACAACAACUACUGAAUCGGUGUUCCAGUUAGAGCCAGAGCCAGAGAUUAUAGUGGCUCCAGUGCCACAAAAGCCACAAAAGCCAAAAAGAAACCCAACAUCAGGUAAAGUAAUGAACGCCCCACGAGAGUACUACCCAGUUGGCUAUGAGAAGAAUUUCGAUGAUCAUUUCCAAUCUAAAGUGGAUCUUCCAGACACCAGCUUCCAUUGUGGAGAUCAGAAGUACUUCCCAGGACUGUAUGGAGAUGAGAGCCUGGGUUGUAUGGUAUUCCACGUGUGCGCACUAACAGACGACGGUCUAGUUAUGAAAUCAUUCCUUUGUCCGGAAUCCACUCUGUUCGACCAAACGAUACUCAAAUGCAACUGGUGGUUCUACGUCGACUGUGCCAGCUCUUCCUCACUCUACGACACCAACAUACCCGUCUCGAAGAGCUACCAACUGAUGAAGGCUUUAACUUUCUUCUCGUCUUAUAAGAAAGCUGAGGAUGGCCAACCAUCAAACCCAGAAGACGUAGACGGUAUCAAAGAAGCCAUAACAAUACUAGAAAACCAAGAUUCAAAGCCAGCAGCAAGCGAGAACGUUCGCAUUGUUACACCAUCACCUAUAAUCGACGAAAGACAUAACACUAAUAAUAACAAUAACGACGAAAACAAUAGCUAUCCAAACAUGGCACCAGUAUACCGCGGCACAAGGGACUACAAUAAUGAAACAGAAAAAAGAAACACAAGAAGAAAUCCGAUCAAAACUAACGAUGAAUAUAAAUUAGUAAAAGUGGACGCAAAUAUAAACUUCAAUAAUACCAAAAGCAGUGAAAAAUCUGAUUCAUCUGAGAGAAAGAGACGGAGGAUGGUUUCAAGGAAUAACUAUUCUAAAACAAAACCUACAACCACUUCUAGUACUACUACUACUACAUCAACUACUACUCAAGAACCAUCAACAACAUCUGAAAUAAUAAAGCAAGAUAUACAACCUACAGGGAAUAUAAAACAAGAAAAACUAACAGAUCAACUAGAAAACUUAGACCAAAUCGACUCUUCAAUACUAAAAGAAGCUGAAAAUGCACCACCAGUCAGAAGAUUCUACCGUUCAAGCGCUGAAAGACAUGCAGAGAAGGAAAUAACUGUAAUAAAUAACGAGAAAGUUCAAAUAAUUCGACCUACACAAUUUUCGAAUGAACCAUCGCAAAAUACAGCAAAAUACGAUUCAAAACCAUACAGUUCGAGGUUUAAGAAAGAAGCUGUAUCUAUUGUUAUUCCAACAAAGUAUAGACGACCGAUUGAUAGAUCA